UGCCAAAAAGGUCAGUAUUAAUUCAUUUUCCUACCCAUCGGUUCCGAAGCUGGUUGAUGCUUCUCGGACGAGCGACCGAAGAAAUUUUUGUUGUAGAGAAACCGCAAGGCUUAAAGAAAAACCCUAACGAAAUGAAAAUCAUUACGCUGCUUGCACUGUGUGUUGUGCUGUUGUGCGCUGCCGUUAGUGCAGCACCCUAUCGCACCGCAAGCUACCAGACACGCUCAUCCCACUCCUUUGCUCAUGCAUCAUCGUUCUCUUCCGCGAGCAGUGUGUCCCGCGUAGUGCAGCAGAAAUCACCGGUGCAGAUCGUCAAGAGCCGUAACGUGGGACACCAUCAAACGCAGAGCCACGGUUAUGCAGGCUUCAGUCGCGGUUAACUGUCACGGUUUGUGUAAAUACAUGAAUAGAAUGUGUUGUACAGUGUA